AUGAGAAAUGAUGAGGGUUUGACUUCAAUUCUUAAAGAUGAGAUAGCAAAUCAUCAAGAUAUUCCAUUCAUGCCAGUUGAUAUAGAAGAAGCUAAAGAAUAUAUUAAUAAAAUCCCUAUUAUAUUCUUCGUCUCUAUGGAUAUCUCGUUAAUGGCAGAAAGCAGUAUACUCACUACUGGAAAAGAUAACAAGGAAGGCACUGGGUGGUAUCCUAUUCGUGAUUAUCAUGCAGAAAAAAAGCCAUAUUUCCAUAUUGUUAUACCCAAUAAAGAUUUAAGAUUUACUGCUCUUGAUAUCAUCUUAAACAAUAAUUCAAAGAUUGAUCCUGAAUGUAAAAUAGAGACAGCUUCAGACGAUACAGGCACAUAUUAUUGUAAAGUUGCAAGAGAGUAUCAGAUAUUACUUUCCGCAUUGAUGCUAACAAGAGACAUAGAAACAUACAAUUCACGUGAAUCAGGGAACUUCCUAGAAGCAAAAAAUGACAUAUCUCAAGUUUUUACAAUCUGUAUGACCCUACACUGGAAAGAUGAUCUGAUUUCUCUAGAAAGAAUAUGUUUAGUAGAUGUAGAAACAAAACCAGACCCACGCGGGAUCAUAAUCAUAUACAUCCAGCUUGGUUUUAACGAUUCAGGAUAUGAUUGGCCUUUUAUUGUAGAAAAGGCCACCAAAUUAAAUGUUCUCAAGUGGAUGGUUCAGCGAAUGUUGGCAAACCCACAUAAGAAAGCUGAUGAUAAAUCUAUCCUCACUUGGAAUUAUUUUGGUGGAAGAGGGGAACCUCUAACUAAUGGUUUCUUCCAAAGAAGCCAAUGGGUAAAGAAAGUGGACAAGGAAAAGUGUGGUCUCGAUGGUAAAGCUAAUAUAUCGUUAAGCAAAUUAUGGAAGUAUUAUUCGGAAGCAAGGGAUGGGACUUCCGAUUCUUCCAAAAAACAUAUGCAUGAAAUCGUGGCCUCAAUCGCUCAUAUAUCAUUAUUUGACUCACAUUAUUAUGCUAUAGGAACAAAAUUAUCUAAUCUUUUAGGCGUUGAAGCUUAG